UGCUAAAGAUGUCUCAAAAUGUAGACGUCUACAUUUUCAGACACAAUUUGGAACGAACUGUGAACACCCCAAUUGGCAGAAUAUUGUGUAUGAAGUGCAAUAUUAGUUAUCAAAUCAUAAAAAUUGUGUUCUUUUUCAUAAAUAUUUUCACUUCGGUGGAAGUAAUGGAAGAAUUGUUCGACUUAAGGCGGCAAUUAUUGAGAAGAUUUCUCAUUGCGCAAAUGAUUCUUAAACUAGCUUGUGUAUGUGACUGCGCUUCAAUAAGGUCCUGCUGGACGAAGAUCCGUCGCCAGACAUUCUGGGAAGUCGAUUGCCAGCUGAAUUCGGAAGUAACUAUUUUUUAAGAGUAACUUUCGAAUGAAUCGUAAAUCCUUCAGAAAAUUGUGUCAUAUGUUGAUUGGUAUGGAAAGAAGAAAUACCCACUAUCGGAAAGCAAUUGUGUUGGAGAAACGAGUUGCAAUUGCAUUGUACGCGCUUGGCUCUUCCGCAGAAUACCGCACAAUGGCAAAUAUGUUCGGAGUUGGUAAAAGUACUGUCGGCCGCAUAUUAAUUGAGUUCUGCCAUGAGGUUUGGAAAUUUUUGUGGCCUUUAUAUUUAAAAAAUUUUCCAAUGACCGAAGUUAAGUUAAGGGAAUUCAUAAAUGGCUUUCAAUCACUAGGUUUCCCUCAAGUCUUAGGAGCCAUUGAUGGAUGUCAUAUAGAAGUUCAUCCAGCAAGAGAGGAUGCAAUUGACUACCACAAUUACAAAGGCUGGUACUCAACCGUACUUUUGGCUCUAGUAGAUGCAAGAUGUCGUUUUAUAUAUAUUAAUGUCGGCAGCCCAGGCCGUUGCAAUGAUUCAGCAAUUUUUGAGAGCUCCCAUUUAAAAAACGAGUUUCUACAAUGCAGUUUGUACAAAGAUAUGAGCAAGCAAAUAUCCGGGGUCAACUUUCCAGUCGUGUUACUAGGUGACUCUGCUUUUAAGUUAGAUGAGCAUUUAAUGAAGCCGUUUCCAUUUAACAUUGACCAAUCAUUGCAACAAAAAAAAAUCAAUUUUGCCCUGUCAAAAUGUCGAAGAGUUGUAGAGAAUGCUUUUGGCCAUUUAAAGGCCAGGUUCAGACGGGUUGGAAAAGGUUUGGACAACCAGAUGGUAAACACCACAUCAAUUAUAAAGGCAUCUGUAUUUUGCACAAUUUCCUUAAUGAGGAAAAUGAUGAAGUCAAUGAAAGAUGGAUUUCCGCACAGCAAACUGAAGAACAAAGUCGACAUCGGCCAGAAAGUACUCCCAACAAUUAUGGAAAUUUUAAUUCGAGAGCACAGGAAAUAAGACAAGCAUUCGUUUCAUAUUUUGAUUCACUGGUGGAGGGCCCGUUACAGGAUUCUACAAGGGAGCACUGAGAAUUGAGAACUGGAGUACCAGUUUGUGACUCUCCAUCAGUGUCACAUUCAAUAAGAUAUUCUUCAGUAAUGGUGUAGUCCAAAUCAUCUGAAAAUAUAUAAUUCGCACAAAAAAUUAUUUAAGCCUAUUCCGGUCCGACGUAUGCCAUUCGCACGAAUCUAAUCCUUCACUCUCGCUUGUUACGACAGUGCAAAUCAGAUUAUUUCCGUAAUAGGUAUGACUAAUAAAAGUACACCUAUUAUGCUAUCCUCUUGCAGCGCAACUGCAUCAAAGCUCUUAUGUGCACCGAGAACUUCGUGGACUGCCCCAUAAUGCUUCCACUCUGAUGGAGAGCCACCGGAUGGACCAAUUUUCGCCUUUUCUUGUCUAUGGAGAUAAUAAAUGAAUAUCUAUGCUGAUAUAAAUUCAGUACUUACCUGUUUUUUUUGAUAAAUUGUGAAGCUUUGUCUUCACUUCAGUGGCAGUGAUAUUAUGGCCACUAUUAUCCAGCUCGACUGCCAUUUCUUCAUAAAUGUGGCCAUUCUUCCUUACCGACCGCAGCUCUGGCAUUUUUUCUCGCCAUAACUCAAUCAGGAGUUCUUCUGCGGCAUCGCUCCACAAAAUACGUUUUCUUUGCUUUCUGUCGCCAUUGUUUAUAAUUUGAAUAUGCAUUUGAAUGUGACAUUUUGAAAUUUUAAAUCAGCUGUAGUGAACGUAUUUUUUGAAUUUUAACGAUAACAACUCACAGAUGGCGGGAAAAACACAGGGUUGUAUCAGAUUUUCAACGUGGUUUUGAGUUGGUUAUCUUGUAACCAUCUCAAUGAAAUGGUUAAGUGCUGUCAUUUUUAUAUGG